GUUGACGUCAUCGUUUAAAGGUACCCGGAUCAACACCCAACAGUCCUGGACUUCUGUUGCUGUGCAAUGCUGAAAGAUGGUUAAACUGAUUUACCGGUGAUGUCCCUGAGCCCAUGUGAUCACCUGUUGUUACAGCCCUAGCAGCAGCCAGCAGGGGGCGUAACUCGGCUCUUUCCAAACGCAGCCACAGUUGGUCCUCCUGCAGGACACGCCCCCUGCCACCCUGUCCCUCUCUCCACCUUGCCUCCAGCAGCCCAGACUCUGGAUGCAGGCAUCAUGUCUUGUCGAGACCGCACCAGUGAGUUUAUGUCUGUCUGCGAAUCCCUGGAGGGGAGACGGAACGGGAUCCAGACAUGUAAACCAGUCCCUAAUGCCAUCAGACAGCGCAGUGACUUUACUGUCAUGGCAAAGAGAAUAGGAAAGGACUUGAACAAUACUUUUGCCAAACUGGAAAAGCUGACAAUCUUUGCCAAGAGAAAAUCGUUGUUUGAUGACAAAGCUGUGGAGAUUGAAGAGCUGACAUACAUCAUUAAACAGGACAUCACCAGCCUGAAUAAGCAGAUAGCGCAGUUACAGGAGCUGGUGCGCUCCCGUAGCAGUCAGAAUGGAAGACAUGUCCAAACACAUUCCAACAGCAUCAUGGUCUUGCUGCAGUCCAAACUGGCGUCUAUGUCAAAUGACUUCAAAUCAGUGCUGGAGGUGAGAACAGAGAAUCUUAAGCAGCAGCACAGUAGAAGAGAGCAGUUUUCCCAGUCCCUGCUCCCAGCCUUCCCUCUAGAAACCAGCAACCCCAACAGUUCGCUGUUGAUGCUGGAAGAUGCAAGGAGAUCUAUGGACGUGUCUAUAGACAUGGACCCUCGGUCCAGUCAGCAGCUGCUGCUCAUAAACGAACAGGACUCGUACAUCCAGAGCCGGGCAGACACCAUGCAGAACAUUGAGUCGACCAUUGUUGAGCUGGGCUUCAUAUUUCAGCAGCUGGCACACAUGGUAAAAGAGCAGGAGGAGACGGUACAGAGGAUUGAUGCCAAUGUGGAGGACACCCAGCUCAACGUGGUCGCCGCCCAUGCCGAGAUACUCAAAUACUUCCAGUCCGUUUCCUCAAAUCGCUGGCUACUUAUCAAAAUCUUCCUCAUCCUCAUUGUCUUCUUCAUUGUCUUUGUUGUCUUCUUGGCUUAAGAGCAGAUAAGGAGGCAGUGACAGAUUAUUUGGGAGACUUAGAGAAGAGAUUUGCCCUUAAUGUGGGAAGCACCUUGAAGCAAGAGAAAUAUGUGGUGGGGUGUUAAUUCUUGAAGGGCAGAAAGAGUAAUGCGCAUGUGAAAAUCUAGAGGCCUUAGUGUGUGUUAAUCCUUUCUCUCCUUCUAUAUCACUCUCUUUCAUGAGAGAUCGUAAAUGUACUGAUUUAUGGAAUGCUUUAUUUCUCAGACAUGGGUUGCAUAAACUGUAUCACUUCAACACCUUUCGGGUACUUUCAAGCAUUUAAGACUUGAUGUUGCAGUUGCAGGAAGGCAACUAAACAAUGAAAGACUGCCCUCCAGCAGGCACUUUGUGAAACCUGAGAAUUUCACAGAUACUGAUAAAUCAAAAAAACACAGAUACUGUUAAAUCCUGACCUAAGACAAAGUCAUACAUUUAAAUGUAUGACUUGCUCAUUGUUGCCUUUUAGGGUGGAAGUUCACUUUUUGCUUUAGUUUGAUCUUUCUUCCUGCAAAUAAGCCGAAAAUUUCUUUUAAAGGUUUUUGUGGACAGUCAAGACCAAAGUCACUCCUUUAUCCACCUGCUGUGUUCCCCCUCUUUCAAUUACAUUUCCUACCUCUCCAAAUGUUAAGAACUAAUGUGAAUUUAAGGAUGGUCUAACCUUAUUUAACUUUCUUUUAACUUAUUUAAAAGAAAAAAUAUCUUUUUGCUUAUUUAACUUUUGCUAAAUUUUACUUUAACUUUGUAUUUACCUUGAUGACAAUUUAUUUUUUUCGAAAUUCCGUUUAAAUUAUUUUCAGCUAAGGGUUUCUAUGGUUUUAAUUGUAAAUAAUAUGUUGAAAAUAUACGUACCUUAUUUAAAAAAAAAACUUGUGUCAUUCUGUGGUUUAUAUGUCCACGCAUUUUUAGUUGUGUUUCGGCAUGCAUAUAUUUGGCCAGUGAAAUUCAUACAUUGGUACCGUACUCCACAGUUUAAGAUCUGUAAUCAGACAAUUCACGUGUGGGUAACCCCUUAAGUUGCAUGGGCCGGAGUGAGUUUAUUUUUAUUCAUUCCCUUUUUUACGGUGAAAUUUUCAAUCAGUCUGGUCACACAAUAGACAAUUUGAAAGUGUGAAAAUCCCUAUGAACAAAUUUACCAUGCCAGUGUUUUAGCGACAACAGUUCCUUGUUUUGUAACGUCGGACGGCAGAACAAGCUUGAGUGGUCUUCACAUUCCUUACGUUUUGGAACUCCACAGACAACACAAAUCACAAUAGAGUAGAUAUGUCUGUCAUGGUAAGAAUCCAGCAAACAAAUCCAUAGUCAUUUUUAAUCCCAAAAAAGUACUAACUUGGAAAAACCUUGAUAGAAUGUCCAGUGUUCACUUGCAAAUUCUUCGGAGGAGUUAUUGUUGUCCGUUUUGUAGUUGCAUACACGCCGGAAGUAUUGUCUACAAAAUAAUGUAAUCUCAGUUUGUAUAGAUUCUCUGGAACAAAAUAAGCCCAUAAGCCUCUCUGGCCAGUACUGGCUAAGCAGUCCCUCAGUAUAGCCCUUUAAUAAAUGCUGAGACACCCAAGCACUAAGAUGGAUCUUUUUGGUUAUGUGUGCAUUUUAUCACUAUGUCUGUAACCAGUGUCCUAUCUGUUUGAUUGGAUGUCCUUGUCCUGGCUUACCAUUUAACUUCCCCGCCUGUGAGUCCACUUAUCAUUAACAUUCUUCACACUGUAGCCCCUGCACUAUGUAGCAAGGCCACGGUGUGGAGCAUAGUGCAUGUCAUAUACAGUGAGUGAUGUACAACUUCACUCAUUGCUGUUUGGACAUCUUCAUAUGUUUUAUGUUCAAGUUGUUUUAUUGUAGUCAUUAUGUAGCUGAAACCCAGUCCAUAGUAGUUUCUGAUUUUUACAUUGUUUGCUGGGCUUCCCGGUGACAGGAUCAGUGUGACAACCUGACUGCUCUGCAGAGGGAUGAUGGGUUCCAUUUAUUUUGAGGGAUUUUUUGUAUGAUAUGGGAGUGCGGCAAAACAUCGAAAAGGUCUUGAAUCAAUUGAACUGGUCCAGUAUGACAAAGAACAUUAUGAGGAUUUUGUAUGUUGAAAAAAUACAUUUGUUGACCAUGAAAUAUGAAAGCAGGUAAAUUUAUUUAAGCAAUGUAACUCAACUGCAGUUUGGGAGGAAACACCCAAAGACUAAAUUAGGAAACAUGGCAUUGGACAUCUUUACUGGAAAAAAGUUCUAAGGUAUUGAUUCAAUGGAAUCUUUUUGCAUUCAUUUAGACACACGUAAUAUUUUAGAUAUUUACAUCAACAAAAUCACCAUAUGGUAUCAGGCAUCACAUAUAUGUACUUUUUCCAAGUCUGUCUGAUCGGGUAACUGUACAUGUAUUAAAUGCAGCUUUAGUAGUAUAAAUGUUAUUCAAGUGAGAAUAUGCAUUUCUGCCACACCCUUCACGGUCUUCCUACCAAACAUCGUACCCUUCUCUCCUAUCGUCGCCGUUUCUCCCCUCUCACCCCUCCUCUCUACCUCCUCCCUUAACUUUGUGCACUCUCCUCCAUGGGGGUAAUGUCUGGCAUGCUCCUCACCCUCCUGGUCCUUCCUUGGACCCCCAUCGGCAACCCCUCCUCCUCCUCCUCCUCCACCGGCCACGGCUCCCCUUCCUGCUCCGGAAGACCCCCGCCCCGGAAGGGGUUGAUGCGGAACUUGGAGCGGAAGGUGAC